AUGGACUCGUCUCCCCCUCCACGCCGCCGUCGAAGUCGGGACCGAAGAAAAUACAAACGAGGACGUCGGAGUCGCCAUCGUCGAUCACUGUCGUCCUCGUCGUCGGCUUCCUCGUCUUCCUCUGACGUGUACAAGGAUGACGACGAAUCGGACGGUGGAAUGCGGACUAGCAGCCCGUGGCGCUCGUCCAAGAGCAGCAGGAAAGGCGGAAGAUCACGCGCAGAUAUUACGCCAGUCGAGGUGGAUCACAGCGUCACGUGGGACAGCGUGGGCGGGCUGGAAUCACACAUCGAAGCGCUGAAAGAGAUGGUGAUGCUUCCAUUAUUGUAUCCAGAGUUUUAUAAGAAGUACAACGUGUCUCCGCCGUCUGGAGUACUAUUCUACGGACCCCCAGGCACUGGUAAGACACUGCUCGCCAGAGCGCUGGCCAAUUCCUGCUCCUUCUACGGCGAAGGCGACCAGCCCAGUGGCUUUAAAGAAGCAGCGACUUCCUCGUUGAGCGAGAAGAAGAAGAAGGAGCAAGAGCGACCGAGGCGGCAUGUGACGUUUUACAUGCGGAAGGGAGCGGAUUGUCUGAGUAAAUGGGUGGGAGAAGCAGAGCGACAACUGCGUCUUUUAUUCGAAGAAGCGAAGCGCAACCAGCCGUCGAUCAUUUUCUUUGAUGAAAUCGAUGGCCUGGCUCCUGUGCGCAGCGCCAAACAAGACCAAAUCCACGCGUCCAUUGUCUCGACGUUGCUGGCCUUGAUGGAUGGAAUGGAUUCCCGAGGGCGCGUCGUUGUGAUUGGCGCGACGAACCGACUGGAUGCCAUCGACCCGGCCUUGCGUCGUCCUGGGCGAUUUGAUCGCGAGCUAGGCUUCAAACUGCCGAGUGUGAACGAACGGAAGAGCAUGCUGGCCAUUCACACGAAACACUGGAACCCUCCUUUAUCCGACGGAUUUCGAUCGGAACUCGCGGAGCAGACAGUGGGGUAUUGUGGUGCUGACAUCAAAGCGCUGUGUGCUGAGGCGGCCCUGUGCUCUCUGCGUCGCGUGUACCCUCAAGUGUACGCGAGUCACGACAAGCUGCUGAUCAAUCUGGACAAGGUGGUCGUAGCUCGUGGAGAUUUCGUGAAAGCAGCGAAGAAGAUCACGCCAGCUUCUCACCGCGCUGUCAGCUCCUUCGCAUUGCCGCUACCACGAGCUGUUAAGGGAUUACUACAAAGCCAACUGACGAAGGUGCUGCGAGAUGUGGCGCGUCAUUUCCCGCUCUUCCCGCUCGAUAAGGCAGCGAUUGACGACGCUAUUACUACUGAGAGUGAAGAAGGUGCGGGCGUUCUAGAGGACGGAGAGGAGGACGAAGACGUGGACAUUUAUGCAGUGGCGAAUCAUAAAGACUGCGACGUUUGUCAUGGAGAGGAAGGCGAGCUGCUCUGCUGUGGCGCCUGCCCUGGAGCUUUCCAUCACGCGUGUCUCUCCGAGAUGGCUACAUCCUCUGCGGAUGGCCUCUGGUUUUGUCUCGAUUGUCGGAAUUCCAACUCUGCAGCUGUGCAGAGAGCAUUACAGCGAGGGAGAAAGAAGCUCGUGCACUCCAUGGCGUCGCUUCAUUUGCCUCGUCACUCGGGAUUCCCUCGCGUUUUAAUUGCGGGAAAAGCUGGCAUGGGGCAGCAAUACAUUGGUCCAGCGCUCCUCCACUCGUUGGAAGGGUUGACGCACUUUUCGCUGGAUUAUCCUUCGCUGGUGGCCGACUCCAACUCGCAUUUCCCUGAAGAAGCACUAAUCCAACGGCUUAGUGAGGCCCAGAAGUGCCUACCGUGUGUGAUUUACCUCCCUCACGCCGAGCUGUGGUGGAAGAACACGAGCGAGUCGAUGCACUUGACGCUCAAGAUGAUGCUCAUGAACCUGCAAGUUCGAGCCAAUCUGCCCAUCUUGUUCUUGGCGUGUACAGCGUCCUCGUCUGACGAGCAGACUUUACCUGGAGGUCUGGUGGCGUUAUUCAAGGAAGAUCCGAGCGUAUCGCUGACGUCUGUGGUCGUGGAGCUGGACGCACCCAGUAGAGAAGCGCGAUUGGCUCACUUUGACCAAGUUUUUUGCUCGUUUGCCACGGCUCCGGCGGUGCAGAAGAGCAGGCGCAGUAAACGCGAGAAGCUGGCAGUGUUGCCUCUAGCUCCUCUCCCUCCAGUUGUAUCCAAGAUGGAACUCAGUCCGGAAGAGCAGGAGAAGCGGAGAGAGCGAGAUUUGCACUUUCUUCGUGAGCUGCGGAUCUUCCUCAGUCAAGUGCUUCACUACUGCUACUCGCAGAGGUUAUACACUCCGUUCUACGUGCCAGUGGACCCCGUGGCAGUGCCCAACUACUAUUUGAUAGUGAAGCGGCCCAUGGACUUGAGCACAAUGCGUGACAAGCUGAACGAUGAGGAGUACACGUGCUUCGAGCAGUUCAUGGACGACAUCCAGCUCAUCGUACGGAACGCCAACGUCUUCAACCCCAAGCGCAGCCGGACGCGCCAUAUCGCCCACGCGGCUGGCACGAUGAAGGACAACAUUCUGUCGUACGCUUACAGGUUCCGGAUACGUCAGGGCUACGACUUAUUCGCCAAAUGCCGCGAUGUGACCAAGAGACUACGCGCGCAUCCCGAAAUGUACGGGGAGUACGGUCAGCGGUUUUUGAAGACUGGCAAGAACCAGCGCAAGAAGCACCUACGAGCUCUCGAAAAGCCUAGUGUGCGUAUCAGUGCACGGCUUCGAGGCGUUAAGGCUCCUGAUGUCAGUAUGGAUGCAGCUAUUUCACACGGGACGGAGAGCAGCUCAAAGGCUGUCAGCAACGGUGUGAAAGAGGAACCAGCGACUGAGGUGCAGCGUGGAGAAGUCAAGUCGAAGGGAGAAAUGCCAAAGCUUCAGUCUGCUCAGCAAUGGUUUGACGAGGAAGAAGAAGGGGGCCAGGAGGAGAAUAAGAGCGAUGAAGAGGGAUCAACCGAGGACAAGGCCGACAACAAGACUAACAAAGACACUGAUGAAGAGGCGGAAGAAGUGUAUGAAGAGGGAGAUCGCAUCUUUGUGAGCAGUCGGACGCACCCAGGGAUCAAUCGUGAAGGUGGCGCUGCUGUCGUGCAGAGUCGCAAUAAGGACGGCACGUACAACGUCAAGUACAUUCUCGGCGGCAGUGAGAAGUCCGUCAGCUGCAAGUAUGUGGGACGGUUGACAGAUGACGCAGUGAUGGAGUCGGUCAAGACCCAGCGGUCGGUGGCAAAUGACUCGGAUGGAGUGGGCACUGUGCGUCUCAUUCAGGACGAGGAGAAGAUGGACGAGACCGACUACUUCGACGAACUGCUGUGGCCUCUUUUGAAGGAGGAGGGAUGGAGACGCGACGACAAUUUCGACAUCAUUGAGGCGUCGGGGAAAGAGUCUGGGCUGGCUGUACAGCGCGUGGUGUUUACCCCGGCCAAGAAGCGCCAUGGCGAGAGUGUGACACUGAACAGUGUGGUGGAGGCGCUGCAGUAUAUCGACGAGGACCCGGAGCUCUCCUUAAAGUUAUUCGGCCAACGUUUUGCCGAGCGUAUGAUGACCGAGGAAGUGCUUGGCGAGGGCGAGAGCAGUGACGACGAGGCUGUGGAGGAGGAGCAGGAAACCCCAGAGUUUAUUUAUGAGGAGGCUCGGAUGACGGCAGUCUUGACGGAGCUGGUGGACAAGACGACGAAUUGCUGGCGUACCCGUUCCGCAACAGUUUUGACCGCAUGGAGCUGA